AUGGUGGCAAGCGAGGAGUAUUCACAGGCGUACCUACACGAGAGCCGCCAGUCAAUCGUGGCUGGUGUAGCGAUUUUCUACAUCGUCAUCCAGACUAUCACUCUCGCCUUGCGACAACUUUCCAAAUACGUUGGAGGACUUCGCCUAGGAUGGGAUGACUUUUUGAUUGCUUUGGGAUUUGUUCUCUGCGUUACAGUGGCUGCUUGCUCUUUAGAUGAUGUAUACAAAGGCGGUGUUGGUCUUCAUGAGGUUCGAGUGGAGCAGAUUGACCCUGGAAUGCUGGUUGUUUGGGGCCACUGGAUUAUCAUCAUCCCCCUCAUCUACUUUUCGGCAGUAGUUCCAGCCAAACUCGCGAUCAUCCACCUCUACCUCCACAUCUUCACAGACAAAAAGCUUCGCAUAACAUGUUGGGUUGUUGCAGCAAUCAUCAUGGGUAACUGGUUUGGAACAACCAUUGCCGGGUUCCUUGCCUGUCACCCACUGAGUUAUUUCUGGACACAGAAGGGAAAAUGCUUCAACAUCAACGCUUUCUUCCGCUGGAGUGGACUGGGAAAUAUCCUCACAGAUACCAUCAUGCUUGUACUUCCAAUCCCUAUGGUAUGGAAUCUUCAUGCCUCUAUACGCUUGAAGCUGGGUAUCGCGUUCACUUUCUUCCUGGGGAGUAUCGGAUUGAUCUCUUCCAUUCUCCGAUUUUACGAGUUCUAUGUGACCAACGCUGAGGUCGAUGGAACCUGGAAUGGAGCCCAGUUUGUUUUGUGGUGCGUGAUUGAGUCUGGUACCUAUCAAGUCGCUGCUUGUUUCCCAUUAUAUCGCCCGCUGGUCAGGUUGAUUGGACGUAAAAUGAACUUGACCUCACGGGGAGAUAGCCGAGGUGAUUCGGUUAACGAUACAAAGUCCUCUGAAUCACGAUUCCAACGGACACCAAAUGAGCGCAAACAUGGUGGACGUUUUCAGUCACUAAAAGGAGAUUCUCUCUCUAUUGAUGAAGAGGAUGGAGUCGGACUUGUCCCAAUUGCUAGUGCGCAUCAUCACUCGGAGGUUGCUCCGGGCCAGGGUAACAUCUACAAUGUAUAG